UGGCCUCUGAACAAAGAAGAGGCUGAUCUGAAAACAGAUAUCCUCUUAGUUGUGUAGCCCUUCGAUCAGAAGACAUGCAGACGUUUACAGGAUUUUUGCUGCUGUUGGUGGGGCUGAAUUUCACUCUGGCCGCAGAUGAAAAGGCGUAUUUCAUGGCGGGCGGUAAACUGAGGUUAGACCCGAGGCCUGCUCCGACUGAACCGACCGCCACCAUCCUGUGGAAGUUCAAAGGUAACCUGGUGGCUGAGCUGGUGGACGUUUCGGCUCCUUUGGAUGUGUACGACACAUUUAAAGGCCGCACAACCGUGGACAAAAAAACUGGACGUUUGGAGAUCAGCAGCAUGACUGCAGCUGACGCUGGGGUGUACACGGUGGAGAUCAACAACAGGGUCCAGCCUGGAGGCUACGAUGCUGAGAUGAUCAAAGCGGUCACUGAGCCUGAGGUGGCGUUUAAACCACUGUCAUGUGCGCCCCCCAUGGACAUGCACCGUGGCGUGUGAUGGGGGCACCACAGAUGCUGGACCCGUCACAUACAGCUGGAGGAUGGGAGAGGGUGAGUGGACGGAGAUGCAGAAGGAGAUAGUCAUCACCGAGGCUGAUCACUCAGAGGUGGAGACCUUCACCUGCCGGGUUGCGAACCAGUUCACAGAGAAAGAAAGUAAACCUGAACACAAUCCACUCUUCCAAAGAAAACCUCUAGACUCUGACCUCUGGAUUAAAGUUUUAGGAGCUGUCAUGAAAUCCUUGGCAAUCUUGACCCUCUUAGGGACUGUUGGCUACUUCAUGUGGUGGAAACGAAAGGCACUCAGGAAGCUGAUCUGUCCAUGUGGGAGCAUGAAAGGUGAU